CCCACCGGAAAAUAAUAAGAUAGAAAAUCAUGACAAUAAUAUCACCAUUCAUUUCAGGUAGUCAGCUGAUUUUAAGUGAAAGCAGAGAGGCAGACGAAAAGACAACCAACAUAAUACUUUGUUUAUAAAGUUGGUGUGCAGGCUGUUGUCUGUAUGUCAUAUAAUCUCUUGAGCUGAAGCUUCUCCAGCUUUGCUCAACAUAUUCCAGAAAAAAACCUGAGCGCCAUGAACAUGCGGACUGAUCUGUGUGAGGGAGGAGGAAGGUAGUGACGUGGUAUUUCAAACCAUAUUGUUUUAUCCUUUUGCAGUGAGUAGUUUAAUUUCCAGCUUACUUAGUUUUUCUAAUUUAAGACAACUCAAAUGACCUCAGUUGAUCAGCUUUUUGAAUGAAAAGUACUAGUAACUUACUUAAACUGAGUUCUUAAAACAAGUUGAUAAAAACUCUGUCUACUUAAUAUUUUUAAUUAAACACAAUAUUGGAUUCAGAAUUUAGAUAAUCUUCAAAUUUCCAUUAAAAAAAUAUAUAUCUUUACCUAAAUGUGAAUGGAUUUUCCCACAAUUAAACAAAUAUGUAGGACUGCUUUCUUCCAUUUGCCUAAUAUCACUAAAAUUAAAAAACAUCUGGUCUCAAAGUGACACUGAAAAAUUCUAUUCUAUAGAGUCUAGUGUCCUAGUUUAGGUUUUUGCAUUCUCUUUUUAGUGUUCUGAGUAUUUAGUAGGUUCUCCCCCUGUGUCCCCCUCCGUGUAUUUUGAGUUCCCAUGACUCGUUUCGCCUCCUUGUGUUUUAUUUCCAUGUUUUUCCCAGCCCGUUAUCUGUGCUCUCCUCGUGUUCUCUCUCCCCCUCGGGUCUGCGUCUCUGUGUACUUCCUGUUUUACUUUGAUAGUCUCUCGUCAGUGUACGUCCUGUUGUGUUUUCUCCUGCCCUGUCUCGAUAAGAUUAUCAGUGUCACCUGUGUUCCCCGUGUGCUCCCACGUCCCUCGUUAUCCUUUGUGUAUUUAUGUCUGUGUCUCCCUCAGUUCUGUGUUGCGUCCUCCCUCAUAGCUGUGUUAUUCUCCCUAUGUCUCUUUGUGCAUAUUAUAAUUAGUUUUUCCCAGUUUAAUUUUGUAUUGUUUAUGUCGCCUGUUUCACAGCAAUAAAGCUGUGCUUUUGAGUUUAAGUUCCGUUCCCGUGAGUUUGAGUUUGGGUCCAAUUCCUGCCUGCCACACAGCCGUAACAUGACAGUGGGCCCAUUCCCAGAACUCUCAGUUGUCCGUUAUUUUUGGCUGUAUUCAUUUUCCCUUUAAUUCUGACAAGCUUCCAUUUUCCUGCCACUGAUAAAAGCAUGACACUGCUACCAGCAUGCUUCUCCAGAGGAAUGGCAUUACAAAGUUUUAAUAUCUUAAUAUAUUCCAAAUGACUGAAGACAAACCCUUGAACGUUAGACCAGUUUUACCAUCAUUGUAAGUAUGCGAGGUUUGGUUUCUCUUUCACUGGAUUUUAUUUUUGAGUAACUGUAUGUGUAAAUAGUUGGCCUAUGUAUUAUAGACAAUUCAUAUUGAAAAAAUACUUAUAUAAGAUCAGAAUCUACAGUAUAUAGAGAUUAUAUAGAUUUCCAGGUCGAUACUACAUUUAAAAGAUCAAAAGAUAAGUAAAGGAAAAUUGAAAUGAGAUUAAUGAGAUGCACAAUGGCACCCUUAUGCACCCUUCUGUCACAUUGAAUCAUUAUUUUUAAUGUAAGUGGAAUUGUAAACAGAUAUCAUCACUUAAAUACAUUUUGACACCUGGAUCACUUUUAUGUUAGAAAUCCAUGACAUUCACCACAUGUUCAAAACACUUUAUACUGUAUAUUUGUCACAGGAAUUAGUUUCAUCAGCUAUCAGCUGCCAUAAAGGGUAACCUUCAGCUUUUAAUAUUCUGCUCUUGUCUCUUCUUUGCACGUUUCUUUUUUCUCCACAUAGGUUCUGAUAGAGAGCACUGAAAAUAACUAAAAGGCAUCAUAGACUGUUAUGGACCUGCUCAAUGUGACCUUUUCCCCCUGUUUCUUCUGUGACUUUCAUUUUGCAUUCUGAUCUUGCUUUGUAAACCAGGGUUGAAAUUCCUUUUGUACUUGUACUGUAUGUUGUGCUCCAAAGCCCCCUAAAAUAUAAGCUGUUUUUACUCAGGUUUUAACAUUCCAGCUUUUUAGUACAAAGUUCACAUGAUGUCCAGUUGUGCCCAUAAGUAACUGUCCACAGACAUCACUGCGAAGUAGUGAGUAGAUGUCCUGUACCUGCCUUCUGCAUAUUCUACCGAGGCAGCUGUCUCUCACUUGAAGCAAAGGGAGUAGCUGAGUACUGAAGUAAACUAUAUCAGCAUGCUGCCGUCUCAUAUUUAAAAGUAGAUAUAUAUGAAUGUUUUUAUCUUAGUGGAAAUUGGAAACUGAGUUGAUCUGAUAAGGGAGAAGGGGUAGAUGUAUUCUGUGUGAAGGAAGCUGUGUGCUUAAAUCUGCGGAUGUUGUCAAAAACGGAAGAAAGAAAGAUAGAUAAAGAAGUUAUUGAUUAGUUCUGCAUUUUCUAACUAUAUGCCUUUGUCAUACCACAGCAAAAUAAGUUUGUUCUUAAAUACGAAUCUGACAUGGAUUGUGAAAAUGGAGCUGAUACUUCGACCAGUAAAAGAAAACUCUGCAGACUGGUUGUUUUGAGCUUUGCACUUCUGUGUAUUCUUCAAGCUACACUCAACAUUUCACUGCGACUGGCUUUUUACAGUUCUGAUACAACAACAACAACAACAACAACAACAACAACAACAACAACAACAACAACAACAACAACAACACCAGAUUGUGAGGCCAUUAUUAAAAACUGGACUAAACAACAAGACAUGAAAAUGAAUGAAUUAGAUGAGUCUCGCUAUAUCCAACAACGAUGGAUAUACUUCAACCACAGUUUAUAUUACGUUUCAUCUACUACAAACACCUGGAAUGACAGCAGAGAGGACUGUCUGCAGAGAGGGGCAGACCUGGUGAUUAUCAACAGCAGAGAGGAACAGAACUUCAUAAGAGAGUUUAAAAAACGGACAUGGAUUGGACUGACUGACGCAGCAAAAGAACAGACAUGGAAAUGGGUGGAUGGGACUACACUUACCAUCAGUUUCUGGGACACUGACGAGCCCAACAGUUAUGAAGGAAUUGAUGAAGAUUGUGCAGAAAUCUUUUUCUAUAUAAGAGAAAACUCCUGGAAUGACACACCGUGUGGCAGAAAAAAUGUCUGGAUUUGUGAAAAAAAAAUGUAGAGAUAAUUUAACCCACCAGAAAAUAAUAAGAUGUAAAAUCAUGACAAAUAAAUGUAUUCAUAUAAUAUCACCAUUCGUUUCAGGUAGUCAGCUGAUUUUAAGUGAAAGCAGAGAGGCAGAAGAAAAGACAACCAACAUAAUACUUUGUUUAUAAAGUUGGCGUGCAGUCUGUUGUCUGUAUAUCAUACAUAGAAAAAUAUUUAAAUACUGUUCAAAUUAUGUGAUUAUCUUCUUUUUUAUACAUAUAAAAUAAACCUCUGUCCCAGUGUGUUCUGCCAUAAGUGGUACAAAAACUCUUCCUACAUGUGUUGGCAGCUCUGAUCUACUUUGAGCAAACAUAAUCGUGUGUGUUUGCAAAUAAUAUCAAAAAUAUUUUGUUCAUUACAUUAUAACAGCAAAGACUGUUUCUCAGAUUAUGUGUGACAACAUGAGCCUGGUUUGACUUACUGGAAAACAAGUAAAUGACUUCAACAUUUUGGAAACUAAAUGAGGAAAAAAUGCAA